AUGAGUACUGUUGCUGAAGUGUUCGAAGGUGAAAACAGAGACUUCAAAAGAAGAAAGACUGAUUUAGCGAAGGUAACAAAUAACGGUACAAUUAUUGGAAAAGACGGAACGACGACGCCUGUUCUGGAAAUAAAGAAUAUGGAUAUUGACCAAACAUACGAAGCCCGUAAAAAAGAACUUAGUUUCAAAAGUAGAUUCUGUCCAUGUGGGUUCUUACAUGGACCAGGUCAAGGAAAUCACAGCGACAUGUCAGCUUCUGGCUAUACGAGCAAGCCUUUACUUAGAGGUCCUGAUUAA